GCAGUCACAUGAUAUUACUUCCUGGGUCACGUUCGUUUGUACAGCGGCUUAUUUUUGCAGGCAAUAACAAAGGGAAUCCGCCAAAAGAAAUACUAUUGAAGGAGAAACGGCUUUAACUGAUAAACAAGGAUAUAGCUAGCCAAGUCAAUUAAAUAAAUAGAUACACAUGUUCGGCAAUAUCUUGACAGAUUGUGGCAACGUUUUCGUUUGAUAACAGAACGAGGACAGCGAUCUUGCUAUGAUGUGAGCUUUCUAGCUAGGUUACAGUUGUGUUAUAUUUGGCAAUACAUCUUAAACUGACAUCUAUUAAUAACCGGUUAGUUAGACGAUGACACUCCUGAUACAGCCAUAACAUCUGAACUGUUAUUUUGUUUUAAGCUAGGGAGGGGCUGUGGUUUGAUACUGCUAGCUAGCUAGCUAACCAAGUCAGCAGAAAAUAACUAGCUAGAUAGCCAACAGCCUGUUUCCAGUUAUUUCAGAGGCUAACUGUUAGCCUAGUGUCAGUAGAUAGGUUUUCUAUUUGAACAGAGUAGGCAGGGCAUACACAAUUUCUGUAAAAAAAAAUGUCAAAAUACACAAGUUUUUCGGAACCAGGCGACGCCCACAACCCAUUCCAGGACCCUGCAGUGACUCAACACAGCAGCAACACUGAGUAUGCCACACUGGAUCUUUACAACCCAUUUGACAAUAAAAAUGGGCCCCCACCACCAGCCUAUGCAGCCACCUCCCCAUCUGCCCCCCAACCUGUUGUUCCUGCAACAACUCCACCCAGCAGGACUACGCCUACAGAGCCCCGCAACUAUGGCACCUCCUUCACCCCCCAGCAGACAGCGGUCAACGCCACCACAGCAGAACUCCUGAAGAAGCAGGAAGAGCUGGAGAAGAAAGCCCGUGAGCUGGAGAGGAGGGAGAGGGAGCUGAACUCAUACGCCCUUGGCCCUGGAGCCACUCGUCAGAAUAACUGGCCUCCCCUGCCCACUUUCUGCCCUGUGGGACCCUGCUUCUACCAAGACAUCAACAUGGAGAUCAGCCAGAGCUUCCAACACACUGUCUCCAUCAUGUAUUACUACUGGAUGUUCACUGCCUGCACACUGGCAUUUAACUUAAUUUCCUGCCUGAGUCUGUUCUGUGUGGACACUUCUGGUGGUGUUGGGCUGGGCCUCGCCAUCCUCUGGGUCCUCCUCUUCACCCCCUGCUCCUUCGUCUGUUGGUACAGGCCUGUGUACAAAGCCUUCAGGAGUGACAGUUCCUUCAACUUCUUCGCCUUCUUCUUCAUUUUUUUCAUCCAAGUGAUUGUCUAUGUCAUCAUGACCAUUGGCAUUCCUGGAUGGGGUUUCAGCGGCUGGAUAGUGAGUCUGGCUGCUCUGAAGACUAGCGUGCCUGUUGGUGUGAUCAUGAUGCUCAAUGCCAUCCUAUUCACUGCCCAGGCUGCCAUUGGGGUUGUCAUGCUCAAGAGGGUACACUCUCUGUACAGGCAGACCGGUGCCAGCUUCGUGAAGGCUCAGGCUGAGUUUGCCACUGGAGUGAUGUCCAAUCAGGCUGUACGCCAGGCAGCUGCCAACGCUACUGCUUCUGCUGCCCAGGGGGCUUUUACUGGGGUGGCUCGAUAGAGGGGAGGCAGGCAAGUAGAGCAGGGGAGCUGGUAGGGAGAGAGGGGUAGGUACAGUUGGGAGUUGGAAGUUUACAUACACCUUAGCCAAAUACAUUUAAACUCAGUUUUUCACAAUUCCUGACAUUUAAUCAAAUUCCCUGUUUUAUGUCAAUUAGGAUCACCACUUUAUUUUAAGAAUGUGAAAUGUCAGAAUAAUAGUCAAAUGAUUUAUUUCAGAUUUUAUUUUUUUCAUCACAUUCCAAGUGGGUCAGAAUUUUACAUACACUCAAUUAGUAUUUUGUACCAUUUUAAAUUGUUUAACUUGGGUCAAACAUUUUGGGUAGUCUUCCACAAGCUUCCCACAAUAAGUUGAGUGAAUUUUGGCCCAUUCCUCCUGACAGCUGUUGUAACUGAGUCAGGGUUGUAGGCCUCCUUGCUCGCACAUACUUUUUCAGUUCUGCCCACACAUUUUCUAUAGGAUUGAGGGGUUUUUUGAUUUGCAAGCAUCCCCCUUUUUCCUCCAAACAUAACAAUGGCCAAACAGUUCUAUUUUUGUUUCAUCAGACCAGAGGACAUUUCUCCAAAAAGUAUGAUUUUUGUCCCCAUGUGCAGUUGCAAACCGUAGUCUGGCUUUUUUAAGGCAGUUUUGGAACAGUGGCUUCUUCCUUGCUGAGCGGCCUUUCGGGUUAUGUCGAUAAAGGACUAAUUUUACUGUGGUUAUAGAUACUUUAGUGCCUGUUUCCUCCAGCAUCUUCACAAUGUCCUUUGUUAUCAGAAGCUUCUAAAGCCAUGACAUCAUUUUCUGGAAUUUUCCAAGCUGUUUAAAGGCACAGUCAACUUAGUGUAUGUAAACUUCUGUCCCACUGGAAUUGUGAUAUAGUGAAUUAUAAGGGAAAUAAAUCUGUCUGUAACAGUUGUUGGAAAUAUUACUUGUGUCAUGCACAAAGUAGAUGUCCUAACCGACUUCCCAAAACUAUAGUUGUUAACAAGAAAUUUGCGGAGUGGUUGAAAAACAUUUUAAUGACCCCAACCUAAGUGUAUGUAAACUUCUGACUUCAACUGUAUGUAUGAGAGUGUACAGUACAAAAUAGGUAUGCAAGAUUUGGGUGUUUUGUUGAAUUGUUACAUUAAAGUAUAUGAAAGUUCAGGAAAGGGGUGGGACUUGAGUUUGUGAUGGAUGCACUGAAGUGAUGCUGCAUAUUUAACACUAAGUUAAUUAACAGCCGAACGGUUCAAUUAUCUCUUGCCAAUGCUAUUAUGUUUGCUAUAGUGAGUCUAAUAAGUCAUUUGUUUUUGAUAUCCCGAAUGAGAAUGCCUACCUAUUUACACAAACUAUCUUUGCCAAAAUUAUAACUUUAAAUGAGAAACGUUGUUUUGGGUUGUAAUAUUCUUGCUAUUAUUAUGUUAUGUUGAUGCUACACGUGGUUGUCAUGAUCGUCAUUGUUGUUCUCUCUUGGUUUUAAUAAAAUCUAUUGAUAUGCACCAUA